UUAUCUCCAAGAUUCCUUGGACAACGCUAUUUAGAUCAGAAGAUUCAGCCAUUGCAACUCUUUUCAACUUUGGUUUAGUCUAUACUCAGUGUCAAGCAAACUCUACCUGGUGAACGAUAUAGCUCUGCUACCUUUACUAACUUGAAAGCGCUAGAGAGAACAACGAUACUAUCUCGGACAUGGAAGAAGAAACAAAAAAUGAACAAGAAGAAAGCAAACUGGAAGAAGAAAGAAGAAUGACGGACGCAGAUUUGAAAAAUGAACUGGUACUCUUGAAAAAAAAAGUUAAGGGAAUUGUGGAGCCACCUGCUGCAUUUCCUGUCCGUAUCCUGUCUCCCUCGAUAAAGGACAAGAACUUGAAAAUGAAAACGUUUGAUGAACAGAUAGAAAAGCUACCAGAACAUUGCAAGAAUUUCAGCAUUGUUUUGGAAGAGAAUUUCGAGACAGAUGAUAAGAUCACAAACCGCCUCGGAAUAAAAUUGGGCAAAUGUUUAGCUGACAUCAUAAAGGAAGAUCAGUCCAGGAAAACUACAGAGCAAGAAAAGCGUAAUGCAGAAGUAGCUGGCUCAUUGAUCGAACGUUUGGGGGAUAUGUUCAAAGUAAGCUUCAUCGGCAAAGAGGUUAGUUUGUGCGGAUACAUGUACAAAAAGGGCGAGCAAUGGCGCGAGCUUUAUUUCUGGAAUGGAAAAGCAGAUGCAAUCGGCUGGGAUGAGGUAAAAAAGAAGUUUGUCAUUGUGGAGUGGAAGGUAAGGGAAGUCAACGAAAGUGAAGAUGUCGAGGUAUUCAAACCGUUCCUGUUCCAGACCUUGGUAUACGCAAAGCUUCUUAAGUUACUUCUCAACCUGGAUUACUUGCCAUCAAUCCUAAUUGUUCUUAUUGACGGUCAAAGUGGAAAGAUAGUCCAUGCUGGUUUCUUCGAAGCUCCCGAUAGUCUUGGGGACGAAUACGUGUGGUGCGAUCGGAAACCCGAACUUACCAUAGAAAUUACACCUGGGCCGCUGUUUCGCAAGGGCUUGGACAAGGUUGAGGAAGGCAUGCUACUGAGAGAUCUCUUCUCUGACAAUGCCACGUUGGAAGACUUACAAAAUUUUUUUAAAACCCCGCCACUGAAAGUUCCUAAACACAACAAUGCCUAA